GUUUCCAUAAGUCACCUGACACACUGGUGACUGAGCUCGAGCUCCUCGGAACAACUGGUUAGACGACAAACAGCUGCCCAAGUGCCUUUUUUUCUACUAUUUAACUUGAGAACUACGACAGUUCCCGUAGUGAUAAAGUCUACUUUUGAGUUUACGUCGUCGUUUGAGUCGUUAAACUAUGGUUUCGUGUUUAUUUUGCGGUCCCAAGUUGGCCGCCUGCGGUAUUGUCAUCAGCAUCUGGGGAGUCAUAAUGCUGGCAAUGUUGGGUAUUUUCUUCACCACCCACUCUGCAGUGCUGAUAGAGGAUGUGCCUUUCAAAGAGGAAGACAUGCACAAUGAUCAAGAUCCUCUCCACACCAUCUACAAACUCUAUAACCAGGUUGGAUACAAUUGUUUCAUCGCAGCUGGUAUCUAUGUGCUGGUUGCCGCUCUCUCCUUUUGCCAGAUUAAACUCAACCAUCGCAAGGAGUACAUGGUACGCUAGCACCACCUACUGGACUAGCCCUGGUACUGCAGGCUGCAGCACCACUGUUUGGAGAAGUCUUUUUCCAUACAUGUUCUGUUUUAAAUAUGAAUGAAUGGUAACCAGGGUUGGGGCUGAUUCCAGGCAAUUCAGGAAGUACCCUGAAAUUCCAAUGAGGAAAAUUUUGAAUUGGAAUUUGGUUUACUUUUUUAAUUGAAAUGGAAUUGACCUAAGCCCUGUUGGUAGCAUUGUUAUUGUCUGCCUUGUGUCCUGAUUCUCCACACUUCUCCCAAAGUGUGCACUUGUACAGUCGCCAUCAUGGACUUAAAGCAUGGGAUUGAUGUAAGUGUUGUCUGGAGGGAGUUUCCAGAACUCUUAAAUCCAUGGGCGGGAGUAUGCAAGUGCACACUUUGGAAGAAUUGGGAGUAAGCCUAUGUGUAUGAUCAAUAUAUUUGUUAAUCACUAACACCGUGCUAUUAUUAAUCUACUGAAAUCAAAUCACCAGAGUUGUAUUAUUUCCUUGCUAGCGUCUACAGAAUUAGGAAUAAUAACUGCUUUAUGUUAAUUCACUGUGCCUGUCUUCCCCUCAGGUAAAAAAAAUCUGGCAAUUUCUCAAAUUAUAGUUGUAUUUGUUUGAAGCCUUAACUUGUUUUAGAAGCUGCACAGAAGUUUGAACUUCUAGUGUUUUUUUAGAACUUCUAGAAUGUUGUGCCUUACAAAGAACAGCUUCUGUCACAUAGUAUGUUCUAAUCUAGUGCCUUAUUGGACAGAAUGCUAAUUUCUCUGCUUUCUCAUGGACUGUUCUGUCAGAUCUCUUGGCUUUUUAGUUUUGGAAAUCUAAUCAAAAGUUUUGAAUUUUGUCCAGCCUUGAUACAGUUUGAUGUAAUAAAUCCUGAUUGUUGAGUA